CUGUUCAUAAAGACCUAUCCUGAAACGAGCUUCACCACCCUGUCGAUCUUAUUUUCCACCUCAUUGCCCACUCUUGUGUCUGCUUACACAAGCACUCCCGGCCGGAUGCCAUACACUGCGCCGUUGAAGACGUCGCCUUCCGCGCAGCACAUUGAACACUCUGAACUCACUCCACAAUCCUGUCCUAGCUCUCCCACCGCUGUCGUCUCUCACCAUCAACGCCAGCACCUGCCUCGCUCGUAUUCUUCCACCUCAUAUGUGCGAAGGCACCGACGAAGCCCUUCAAGUAGCAAGGUCUUUGUCUUUCCAGAGCCCGAAGGUCAUAUAAAAGUGGAUCAUGUCAACGACCCUCAUGCCAGUAUUCGAACGUCACCGCCUCCCAUAAGUGAUGCUGUCAUCCCUCCUGGGGCUCUGAUCUCACCUCCUGAAUCUGCCAACAAUUCAAGUGAUGAAGAGGUGUCAUACCCAUCCCAGGACGGGCUCCAGCUGAAGAAAUUGGAGGCUGCUGUGAGGUCCAUUGAGCAGAGACGAGUGUCCUCGCCGGAGAGACAGCUGUCGGAGGUGCAGUCCUCAUCGAGCAUGGCAGCCAUUGCUGGUGGCCCUGUUCAACCUCCACGGCCGCCCCUCUCCAGAGAGGCUCGCAAGAUUUCCCACUCUCGAUCGGUUACAGAAACCUCAAUUGACCGUAGACAGGAGGAGGCUUUGACUAGCUCUCCAGAAGAAAGUGACAGAGAUGACGAGCCCCCGGUCAGACAUCCUAUGGUCCGCAAGAAGUCUGGGGAACUGGUGAGGCCAGCUCUUCGCCCACCUUCAGCUCGGCGGCGCCCAUCUAGCAUGCCGGGGACUCCAACUUACGCAAAGGCGGUUCACUUCGACGCUCAGCUGGAACAUAUCCGUCAUUUCCUGCAAUUGGAUAAGCCUCAAGCCGUAAGUGCAGACACAUCGCCAGUGGAAGACUAUGACGCAGCAGAGGAGUUUCCGUUCAAGAAGGGUCAUCGGGACAUGCCCGCUUUUGAAUGGGAGCUUGGUCUGUCGAACUUUCCUAAAGACAGCCCUUCUCGGGCUAAGCAACGCGUUCGAUUGGAACGCCUGCACUUGUCUUCGGAUAAAAACACCAUGAUCGGCGUCGUUGGGGUUGCCAACCUGGCUUUCCACAAGCACGUUGCUGCUCGGUUUACUCUCGACCAUUGGAAGACUGUUUCUGAAGUCUCAGCCGAGUACAAUGAUGACCCCCGACGGAAGCCUACUCAGGAUGGCUAUGACAGGUUUGCUUUCAGCAUCCGGCUGGAUGACCAAGCAAAUUUGGAGAGGAAAACCAUGUUUGUGUGCAUUCGCUACAAUGUCGCUGGAGAGGAGUACUGGGACAACAACAACUCACAAAAUUACCAAGUCAACUUCCGCAGGGUACAAAAGGAAAUGCCCCAGGCCCGUGCUCCUCCCUCCGCACGUCCUCGUACGAAUUUGCCUAGGAGCAGGAGCUUUGCUGGAUCCAACAGUCGCCCACACUCAAUGCCGCCUUCAUUUGAUGCCUUGUCCGAGAUGGACAAGUACAUCUCGUUCGGCAACCCACCAACGAAUGGCAAGAAGGAACAUUUGGGUGAUGAUGAUCCGCAUGAUGUUGAAAUGGUGGCUCCGAUACGUCGCGAUAAGCAGAACCAUCAGGUCUUUGGAAAUCGUUACGAUUUCGAAGCCUCCUUGUCGGCAGCCAUGCGGACCAAACCUACUCACGAUCGCACGACAUUGACAGCUCGAGCAAAAUCGAAACUCCCGUCGCAUGGUAGUCACGGCCAUUCGUCGGAACGGAAAGCAAGCCACAAGGAGGAGAACGCACCUUUGCCUAGCAGAGGUAGCCAGCAACCAGGGUCCUCAGACCACCAUAAACCCUCUACCAUCGUUUCUGGCAAGCCGCAUCGCGAGUCGUCGGUGUAUAAAGAGUUGGUUGAUAAAUACUGCUUCUUCGGAUCCGGAUCGAUGAAUUACCCAAGUGGUGCAGUUGGUCCCGUCACGGGAAGUCCGGACUAUGAAACCCGGACGGGGUCUAGUAGCAGUUCCAGCUCGGUGUCUCCCUGCUCAUCUCCUCCCAUGGAUGGGGUCUAUGGUGGUGAUACUCGACACUCCCCUGCCGCUCCGUCGUCACCGAACCAUAUCGGAUAUCCAUAUCUUCAGCCUAUGCAAAACAGUUUUAUGAAGGAUACGCAGACACCUGCUAUCAUCCAAGGAUGAACGAAGAUGCACAAGCGCUUUAGACCCCGCCGCCUACGAGAUCACAACGCGAACGUCCUUUGCUUUCUACAUGUCUCUGUGUCCCUCCGUCGAUGGAAGACACGAAAUUUUCUUUUUCCCUCUUUCUCUUUUUACCCCAGUGGGUAUAAGCUUUCUGAAGGCUAUCAAGCAUGACUUGAAACUCUUAAACGACAGUGCAGUUGUCAACCCGACCUGCUCACCUGGUGUCCGUGAAGCCGCCUCGUUCCCAUCUUCGACUCGACUUUUGUUGAUGCGUCCGCCUAAGUAUCUACGAGGAUCCUUUGCGAUGUAUUAUAAACCGCGGGAUCUG